CCUUCCGAAAUUUCAUUUCAUUACCUUCAUGCACGCACGCACUCACCCACGUACUAUAUAAUCUCUCUCUCUCUCUCUCUCUCUCUCUCUCUGUAUCAUUUAGUCAUGGACUCAUUCAUGCCGACAUAUCUCCUACUUUAAUUUCAGCCGUUACGAAGCCAGAAGCAGCAACGCCCUCUCCCAAAUAGAAACGAGAAGAAAUGGGGGUGGGGGAAUCAUGAUCCACGACCAUCACAUGCUCCAAAAUUAAUUAUUAAUUCUAUCACAUAGUGUAUCCAAAUCCAAUAUAUUAUCUUCUUUAUUGUCCAAAGCUUUGAAUCCUUCUCCUCCCUUGCUUUAUCCCUUUUUUUUUUCUUUUUUUUUUUAAAGUUUGAGAUUAGUUCUCUUUCCAAAUCGGAAUAUUAAUUAGCAUAUAUUAUUAUCAUUAAACCCGCAGCAGCAGUAGGAGUAGUAGUGGUAGUGGUAGAAUCACAUUCAUAUCAUGGCGGGAGUGAUGAUAGCAGAUUUACAGAAGAUUUUCCGCUUGAUCAACAAACAGAGCAAAAGCAGCAGCAGAAGCAGCUACCAAUAUCACAUUAAGAAUCACAAGCAGAACAACUACUACUGCUACUCUGGGCUGAGUCUGAUCAGGUACUGGUGGUGUUAGUUUGCUAGCUACUGAUCAUCGAGAUCUAGGGCGCUGCUAGCGAUAUGGAGUAUGGUAUCGGAGGCGGCAGUGGCGAUGGGUCGGGUAGCGACGACCACCACCACCAUCCCCACCCCCACGAGGAGGAUGCCUCUGAUCCUAACCGGAGGAAGAAACGCUACCAUCGCCACACUGCUUACCAGAUUCAGAGGCUUGAAGCAAUGUUCAAGGACUUUCCACAUCCAGAUGAGAAACAGAGGCUGCAGUUAAGCAGAGACUUGGGGUUGGCUCCUCGCCAGAUUAAGUUUUGGUUCCAGAAUAGGAGGACGCAAAUGAAGGCCCAACAUGAACGAGCAGAUAACUGUGGGCUUCGGGCCGAAAAUGAUAGAAUACGCUGCGAGAACAUAGCAAUCAGAGAGGCACUAAAGAAUGUGAUAUGCCCUACUUGUGGAGGUCCUCCUCCUCCCAUUGGAGAUGAUUCUUACUUUGAUGAACACAAAUUGCGAAUCGAGAAUGCACACUUGAAGGAAGAGCUUGACAGAGUUUCUAGCGUUGCUGCAAAGUACAUAGGGAGGCCAAUUUCCCAGCUCCCUCCAGUGCACCCUAUUCAAAUAUCCUCAAUGUUGGAUCUGUCGAUGGCAACUAGCAGUUUUGGAGGAAUGUCUGGUGGUGCUGGUCCUUCACUUGAUCUUGAUCUCGAUCUUCUACCCGGUUGUUCCUCCACUAAUCCUACCGCUCCGAAUCUGCCUUCUUUUCAUCACCCAAUCAUAAGCCUUACGGACAUGGAUAAAUCCCUCAUGGUUGAUGUUGCCAGUAAUGCACUUGAGGAAUUCCUUAGGCUUUUGCACAACAAUGAACCUCUCUUGUGGACCAAAUCCUCCACAAAUGAAGGGAAAGAUGUCCUUGAUUUUGAUAACUAUGAGAGGCUUUUCCCCAGGGCUAAUAACCACUCCAAAAAUCCCAACAUUCGGAUUGAAGCAUCAAGAGAUUCCGGAGUUGUCAUAAUGAAUGCUUUGGCAUUGGUUGACAUGUGUAUGGAUUCGAAGAAAUGGGUGGAGCUAUUUCCCACCAUCAUAUCAAAGGCUGGAACACUUGAAGUGAUAUCAUCAGGAAUGUUGGGUAGCCACAGUGGUUCCUUACAACUGAUGUAUGAAGAGCUGCAGGUUCUUUCGCCAAUGGUUCCGACUCGACAAUUCUACCUCCUUCGCUUUUGUCAGCAAAUUGAGCAAGGCUCGUGGGCUAUAGUUAAUAUAUCAUAUGAUCUCCCUCAAGAUCAGAGUCAUUCAUCAACUAAUUUCCAAUCACCUCAAUGUCACAAACUGCCUUCUGGAUGCUUGAUCCAAGAUUUGCCCAAUGGCUACUCUAAGGUAACUUGGGUGGAACAUGUGGAAAUUGAAGACAAAGCCCCAACACAUGGGCUUUUUAGAGAAGUUAUUCACAGUGGGCUGGCCUUCGGAGUUGAACGAUGGCUUUCUACUCUUCAAAGGAUGUGCGAGCGAUUCGCUUGCCUUAUGGUGACGGGAAAUUCGACUCGUGACCUUGGAGGUGUGAUUCCGUCACCUGAUGGCAAGAGAAGCAUGAUGAAAUUGGCUCAGAGGAUGGUCAACAAUUUUUGUGCAAGCAUUAACCCGUCUAACGGGCACCAAUGGACAACACACUUCGGGAUAAAUGAAAUUGAAGUGCGAUCAAGUCUUCAUAAGAGUACUGAUCCUGGGCAGCCCAGCGGUGUAGUUCUUAGUGCGGCUGCUACCAUUUGGCUUCCAGUUUCGCCCCAAAAUGUUUUCAACUUCUUCAGGGAUGAAAGAACUCGGCCUCAGUGGGAUGUUCUAGUCAAUGGAAAUGGUGUACAGGAAGUUGCCCAUAUUGCAAAUGGGUCUCACCCAGGGAACUGCAUAUCUGUCCUUCGGGGUUUCAACACUAGUCAAAGCAACAACAUGUUAAUUCUGCAGGAGAGCUGCAUAGACUCAUCAGGAUCGCUCGUGGUCUACUGCCCUGUAGAACUGCCGGCUAUAAACAUAGCCAUGAGCGGUGAGGACCCUUCCUACAUACCGCUCCUGCCCUCCGGCUUCACUAUUUUACCCGACGGCGGCCGCCAGUUUUGCGAAGAUGGCGGCGGCGGCGGAGCAAUUACCACCGACGCAUCCACUAGUAGUAGUACUAGAAGCGGAGGUGGUGGUUCCGGUUCGCUUAUUACGGUGGUAUUUCAAAUACUAGUAAGCAGCUUGCCUUGUGCUGCUGCUAACAAGAUGAUGAUCAGCCCCGAGUCUGUGGCCACCGUUAACAACCUUAUCACCAGCACUGUCCACCAAAUUAAAGCUGCCUUGAAUUGCCCACCAACUACUACUACUAGUGCUGCUUCCUUAUGAUGAAUCUGCCUGCCUGCCUGCUAAUUCAGCUAACUCCACAACUGUCUUCCCCCAUCUAAUUACAGCAUACAGACAAGUCAGAAAAAAGUUCAGUUUCUACUUAUUACUACUACUAGAUCUAGUACUAUACAAAAGUAUAACAAUGAAUAUUGGAGGGCCAAGUAAUGAAUGUGGGGUAGUUGGAGAGUUUCAAAUGCCCAGACCCCCACCACAUCAUCAAUAGCUUAUAGCUGAAGCUGACUUAGCUGCUGCUGCAUGUCUCCUCUGGUGAAGCCAUUGCAGUCCACCAGUCCUACAACUUUUUACUCCCUUUUGAACCUCGCGCGAUCAUUUCUUUACUUUCAUUGUUUUUUGUUUUUUUUUCCUCUUAAAUCUUUGCUCAAGACUUGAUUAGUCUCUUUGAAGAGAUGGAGUCAAGAACGCACCAUACUGGGCUUUUCCUGCUGUGGGUCCCUUCCACCUUUUUUCCCCUAGGUCGUUUUUAUUUUCUUAAUUUCAUCCCUUCCUCUUCACGGCAAGAAUAAUGUAUGGUUCGGGUAUUGACUUCUGCUUGAUUAUGGAUUGCUUUUCAUUUGGUA